AUGUCCUCACGUUUAGCUCGACAAUCAUUAGAAUUACUCACUGCUUCACCGAGCAAGAAAAACGACGCUGAUACCCCUAAAAAGAGCCAAAAAAUCAAAUUACCCAAAACAAACAAAGGCAUCAAAAAGGUGAAGCAUGAAAUCCGUUAUGGAAGACAUCAGAAAACCCGUUUAUUACAAGAGCAAAUCGAGAAGCGAGAGAACCCUAUAGACAAAUUAAAUGCAGAGGCUCUAUCAAAUGAAGAGAGAUUGAAGCGCAAUGUACAAAUCAUGAAGAGUGCUUUAAGGUCUAGUAGCUUGGAAAAGAAGAUUCACAACGAGGUGAUCAAGGAGAGAAAUGCGAAAAAGACCAAGAAAUGGUCUAGCAAAGUACAUGGAUCAGAGGGAGAUACAGACAGUGAUAGCGAUUAA